CUAGUUUCCAAUUGGUGGUGACGUCUCCAGUUUGAAAUUUCAGCGGGGCAGCGUCGUUGUUGUGUUAGAAUUCACCCGUAAGCAGAGCAGUGCAUGCAGAAUUUCCAAAGAAAGCGAGUUAACCAUUUAUCUCUUCAUAAUUUAUGAAUAUAACAACAUCAUAGUAAUAUUUCGGCGUCGAAGAUGUCUUUUUCAAGAGCCCCGGUAAAACGAUUUAAUGAAAAUGUCGGGUGUGCACCGCCACCGGGCACCUACGAGGUCAAAAUUGGGGAACCGAAGGGACCUGCUUCAUUUCACAAAUCUGAACGCUUCAGGCCUGCAAAGCCUGUUUCUGCGGUUACACCACAGUCUCCUUCUAAACUGGUCCCCAUGUCACCUGUGCGGAGGACCAUGUCUGCAGAUGGCCUGGCUGAUGUCCUGAGUGCGAGGAAAGAGAAGAGUAGCAUCACCAUGCAGAUGAAACAACAGAAGCUGUUGGAGAAAGAGAUCCGCUCCCUGCUGACGCAGCGUGGGGAGCAGGACCGGCGGCUGCAGUCCCUGGAGGAGGAGCUGAGGAAGGUGGAGGCCAAACUGCUGUCCGCCGUCAGGGAGAAGACGGGCCUGUCGGCCAGCGUCACCUCCUUGGAGCGGCAGCUGGCCGAGAUGAAGAAGGCCAACGAGUUCCUCAAGAACAAGGUGUCUGCCGACACCACGAAGAAGAGGAUCAACUCCCUCACCAUGGAGCUCAUGGAGGCCAGGAACAAGCUGGAUGUCAAGGACAAGGAGGUGAGCUUCCUGCAGAUCAACACAGAGGGCCAGGUGAAGGUGCUGGAGACUGACCUGGAGGCAGCCAGGGCCACGCUGUCGGCCCUGAUGGAGAGGAACAGAGACCUGGAGGACCUGCACCAAGCAACCAAAGCCCAAAACGAGGAGCUUGAGAACGAGAUUGACAAGCUGCAUGGUCUGAUCCAGGAGCUGAGAGAGGAGACCAAAGCUUUGCAGGGUUACCUCGACACUGCCAACGACCAGAUCCAGGACCUGCGGAUGAAUCUUCGCGAGAAGACUGAGAUGGAGCAGAGCUUGACUGCAUCUCAGCAGGAGAAGAUGGAUAACCUGGAGAACAAACUCGUCCGGUUCACGUUGGAGCUCGAGAGUUCCCAGAAUGCACUGAGGCAACAGGAGGAGGAGUCCAAGGUGCGUCAGCGAGACCUCCAGGCGUCCCAGGAUGCUUUGGGGCAGAUGGAGGGCGAGAUGAAGCGGGCCAAGCAGGAAGCGCUGGACUCCCAGGACGUGGCGCGCCAGCAGGGGGCGGAGCUAUCCCGGCUCAGGGAGGUGCUUAGGAGGACAGAGGCGGAGCUGGAUGAGAGAGUGGCCCACCUGGGAGAGAGGUGUCUGUUCCUGGAGGAUGAGAGAGGGCGGACCCAGGAGGAGGGUUUGAAGAGAGUGCAGGAGCUGAAGGCAGAGUUGAGCUCCCUGCAGGAGAGCAUGAGGAGCGAGGAGGAGGCGCUCCGACAGCACCAGCUGUCCCACACCGCCCUGACGGAGGAGCUGGAGAAGGAGAAGGAGCGGGCCUCGGUCCUGGCCUCCACCCUGGCGAGGGCGAGGGAGGAGAUGGGCCUGGAGCAGAGGCAGCUGGAGGACGAGCUGGAGGAGGCUCUGGGAGAGCUGAGCGCCCUGGAGGAGCAGGAGCAGAGGAGGGAGGAGGAGGAGCGGGGGAGGGGGGAGGCUCUGCACACGCUGCGGCAGGAGAAGGCACACCUGGAGAGGGAGCUGGGAGAGGCCAGGGCACAGCUGAUUAGGAUGAACAGUGAGACGGAGGCGUCGGAGGAGACGCGCGGCGCGGCCCUGCGGGGGCUCCAGGAGGAGCUCGUCAGGUCUCUCAGCAAGAUAGGCGAGCUGGCCACCGAGCUGCAGAGCACCAAGCAAGCUCUGAAGUCAGCGGAGGACAGAGGCAGAGAGCUGGGAGAAGAGAUGGAGGGGGCGGCCCGGCAGAUGAAGGACGAGAUGGAGGGGCUGGCCCGGACGAAGGAGGAGGAAGUGCAGAGGCUGCGGGGGGAGAUGGAGGCGAGGGACGAGGCGCUCCUCUCCUCCCAGCAGACGCAGGAGAAAGCCAGGGAGGAGUUUGCGAGGAUGCUUCUGGACGUACAGACCCGUCUAGCUCAGAGGGAGAAGGAGGUGGAGACGGCAAAGGAGGCCCACGCCUCCCUGGCCGCCCGGCUGCAGGAGGAGCAACGGGACCGAGAGGAGGCGCAGAGGAAGCUGGGGCAGCGGGAGAAAGAGGAGGCGCUGGAGAAGUCUGCGCGGGAGGAGGAGGCGCAGAGCCGGCUCCAACGGGCAGAGGAGGAGGUGGGGGAGGCCCUGAAGCGACUGGGCCAAGAGAGGGAUGAGAAGGAGGAGGCGCGGAGUCUCCUGAAGCGGGAGAGGGGGGAGAGGAGGGACUCCCGGCAGGGCAGGGCAGAGGAGGUGGGAGCCCUGCGGAGACGAGUGGAGGAGAUGGAGGAGGAGAGGGGGAGUCUGCAGACCCGGAUGGACCAGGAAAGGGAGAACCUCACGAAACGGGUGGAGGAGGUGGAGCAGGACAAGGAGAACCUUCAGAACCAGGUGGAGGAGAUCCAACAAGACGAGGAGAGCCUUCGUAGACGGGUGGAGGAGGGGGAGCAGGGCAUGAGGGUGCUGCGGGAGCAGGUGGAGGUGACGGUGCAGGAGAAGGUGACUCUGCAGUGGGAGAUGGAGGAGCAGAGGCGGGAGAUCCAGACACUGCUGGCCCAGAGCCAGGAGAAGAGCUCUUCAGACUCUGAGACCGAACACUGGAAGAGACUAUACGAGGAGCUCUUCGCCAAAGUCAAACCCUUCCAGGAGCAGCUGAAUGGGUUUGCGGCAGAGCGGGACGCGCUACUGAGCGAGAACGGGGUGACCCAGGAGGAGAUGACCCGUCUGGCCGACGCCUACGCCCGCCUGCUGGGCCACCAGAACCAGAGGCAGAAGAUCCGACACGUGGUGAAGCUGAAGGACGACAACAUCGCCCUGAAGCAGGAGCUGUCUAAGCUAAGAGCCCAGGUGAGCCGACAGAAGAAGGACAUGGAGCAGCUGAAAGCAGACCAGGCUCCUCACAGGUUUGACCCCAGCAAAGCCUUCCAGCACGCCAGCAAGGAGAACCAGCAGCCCCCUGGGCCUGCUGCUGCUGCUCUCAGACAGGGAAACCGUCUUUAAGAAAAGAGCAGUGAUCCAGAAGCUGUGUGUGUGUGUGUGUGUGUGUGUGUGUGUGGAUGGAUACUAGCCCUGCUCUAGCAGCCUGCUAAAGGUGUGUUUGUCCUUGUCCUGUCAGAUCUUCCUCUAUAGUCUUUUAUCUCUGUUUGUAUUGCUUGGCUAUAAUCCAGAUGUCAUUAUGGUUGCACUUUCGUUUUUGUGAUGCUGGUAUCGAAGUAUGCUGGAAUCAAGGACAGGAAUUUGAGAGAUUCUGUAUAUUUUUGUGAUCUUGAAUAGUUUUGAUAUACCAAUAUAUCACCAACCUAUUUUACAAAUUUAAAACAAUGUUUUUAUUCUUUUUUUUAUUUUAUUAACUAGUACUACAGUGGUGUCAUGCUUGGGUAUUUUCAUACAGCUGGAUUCUAACAAUGUUCUUAUUUGACGGCUGCAGCGUAGUGACAUCUUCCCAGAAAUGACUCGAAUAGACUUUGAUUUCCCUUUUGAGGGAAUGACUUUCCAAAAUAAAAGUUUUUGGUCUUGUAUCCACAAA